CCAAAGAGAUUGAUAACCCGUGUCUCGUGCCAUCUUGAAGCUCCACUCACCAUCUCUUAAUCUUCAAUGGCUUCCUUACUCAACAUGGUUUCGCUUUCACCAAGAAUAUCAUCAACCCCAAGAACUCCUUCAGUUCAUGCUCGACCUGUUUUGGCACCGUUUUCUGUUUCAUUUACCAGGCGGAGAUUAACCAUUCGAGCAACAGAAACUGAUGCAAAUGAAGUUAAAUCUCAGGCACCGGAUAAGGCACCAGCUAAAAAUGGUUCAAGCUUCAAUCAGCUUCUUGGUAUUAAAGGAGCUGCCCAAGAAACAAAUAAAUGGAAGAUUCGUCUUCAACUUACAAAACCUGUCACUUGGCCUCCAUUAGUUUGGGGAGUAGUUUGUGGUGCUGCUGCUUCUGGAAAUUUCCAUUGGAAUUUUGAGGAUGUUGGUAAAUCAAUUCUGUGCAUGAUGAUGUCUGGCCCAUUCCUUACAGGAUAUACACAGACUCUGAAUGAUUGGUAUGACCGAGAAAUUGAUGCAAUAAAUGAACCUUACAGACCAAUUCCUUCUGGGGCAAUAUCUGAGAAUGAGGUAAUCACUCAAAUAUGGGUGCUGCUACUUGGAGGUCUUACCUUGGCUGGUAUAUUGGACAUAUGGGCAGGGCAUGAUUUCCCUGUAGUUUUUUACCUUGCUGUGGGUGGAUCUCUUCUGUCAUAUAUAUAUUCCGCACCUCCUUUAAAGUUAAAACAAAAUGGAUGGAUUGGAAACUUUGCCCUUGGAGCAAGUUACAUUAGUUUACCAUGGUGGGCUGGUCAGGCUUUGUUUGGGACUCUUACACCAGACAUAAUAGUUCUAACACUCCUUUACAGCAUAGCUGGAUUGGGAAUUGCCAUUGUCAAUGACUUCAAAAGUAUUGAGGGGGAUAGAGCUCUAGGGCUUCAGUCUCUUCCAGUUGCUUUUGGAGCUGAAACUGCAAAAUGGAUAUGUGUUGGUGCUAUUGACAUCACACAAUUAUCUAUUGCUGGAUAUCUACUUGGGGCUGGUAAACCGUAUUAUGCGUUGGCUUUACUUGCCUUAAUAGUCCCACAAGUCAUAUUUCAGUUCCAGUACUUCCUCAAGGAUCCUGUGAAAUAUGACGUUAAAUAUCAGGCUAGUGCACAGCCAUUUCUGGUGCUUGGUCUAUUGGUUACUGCUCUAGCAACUAGCCACUGAUCUUUUAUGUGCAAAAGUUACUAAAAGGGCAUUAAUUCAUGAAAUAAAGAUGAAGGAGGAGUCAACAGUGAGAAGGAAAUUCACAAAUCUUAGAUUGGCUGUUGUUAGGUACCAAUAUUCAAGAUAUGUGCCAUAGUUUUUGUUUGCCACCAUGCAUACAGGAAGUAUCACCAAGGCUUGUCCUGUAAUUUGGUUUUGUUCUCCCACUUAUUGGAGUUUUGAUGAUUUCUGAGUUUAGGUUGAGAAGGUUUCUUUUUUAGAAAGCUUGUACAAAAAGUAGACAUAUCCAAUUCCCUUUCAUGGUUUCAUAGACAAUACAUAAUUACGUACCCUAAUGCCAAAGGUUAUCCUAUA